UCUACUUCAACUGGUUGUAGAAUCCUCCAGUACGCUGCACGUGUCCUUCCACGCGUCCCAUCCUUGCGCUCCUUUGCACCUUCUCUGGACAACGCGAAACUUCUUGUCCCUGUGUUUCCGGAUCCACCAUACUCUAUAAGCUGCCUUGGCACAAACAUCCUUUCAUCACCGGUAAAUAAACAAAGCUUUCUAGCCAUGGCGGAUGAGUUCAGGCUGGUGUCCCCUGCAAUAGACCAUGAAGGAAGGUUGCCAAGAAAGUACACAGAGGAAGGUCAAGGAGCACGCAAGAAUCUAUCCCCACCUCUGGAGUGGUAUAAUGUGCCAGAAGGAACCAGGAGCCUGGCCUUGGUGGUGCAGGACAUAGACGCACCUGACCCAGAAGGUCCUAUUGUUCCCUGGACCUGCUGGGUCGUAGUUAAUAUACCCCCUACGUUAAAGAAGCUACCUGAGGGUUUCUCGGGGAAAGAAGAGGAAACAGGUGGUGAUUAUACAGGGAUCAAGGAAGGAAACAAUGACCAUAAGGUUCCAGGGUGGCGUGGACCCAAGCUUCCAAGUCAUGGACAUAGGUUCGAGUUCAAGCUCUUUGCUUUGGAUGAGGAACUGAGUCUUGGAAACAAGGUGACAAAAGAGAAGCUGUUGGAGGCAAUUGAGGGGCAUGUUCUGGGAGAAGCAGUCCUGAUGUGCAAGUUUUGAAAUAGAGUCAUGAUUCAUGAGUAUCUUGGCUCGUCUAAAUUAAUGAAAAUUUUCAUCUUUCUUGUACAGAUGGGAUAGCUUGAGAGCCAUGCAUGUGUUUUCCUCCCAAAUAAUUAAUCAUAUAUAGUUGCUUUGA